UUUAUAGGGUAUAGAAGAAUAACACCUCAGUCCUCAGGAAUGGCCAUUCUAAGUGUAUAAAAAAAAAAGAAGAAAUUGAAGUGUUAAAGUGGACUUUGUGUCUAUUCACCCUGAUUUGCGAUACUGUCUUCAGACUGAUUGACUGUCUGGAACUGACAGCCUGACAUUUUUAAUUUCAUUUCUUCAAGUCAUACUCGACUAUUUUUAUUUACUUAUCUACAUUGUUGUUUGUUUGCACAUUUUUUAAACCGUGGUUUGGGCAUUUCUAUAUUUAUUUCUAUUUAACAAUGUCUAAUCAGGAUACUGAACAAUAUCGACAGUUUAUAGAAAAGCUACAGAGAGAAGAAAAUAGGCAGACAACAUUAAAUGAGAUUAAAAAUCUACUUCUACUAAAACCAGCAGGUGAAGCCGUCUCAAUUAUUAGAGAUGGGGGUAUUGCUAGGAUAAUUCAUUGUCUUAAUGUUAGUGAUAAGUCCCAAAUUGAUCUUACAUGCGAAGUUUUAAAAAUAUGUUUUGACAAAUUUCCAGUUGGCGAUAUUGUAAAAAAAUAUACAGGCCAUGUUAUGUAUUUGUUAAGACACGAGAAAAAAUGUGUUCGUAGACUCGCAAUUGAUGAGAUAAAUAAAUGUAUUAUCAUAGAUCCUGGGCUGCUACCCAUACCUGAAUAUAUUGAUGUAUUUGUUGUAGUAGCACAAUUAGUUGCAGAUCAAGAUAUCACUGUAGCUAACAAGGCUAUAUUGAUCACUGCUAAUUUACCAUUUGAAGCAUACCCUAAAGUUUUAGAGGAAAUGAAGAUUGCUUUAGAAUACACUGUCAGCAGCAAGUGUAAUGCUUAUGAGGUGGUUGUGAAUAUUUCAAGCAAGUCUUUUGAACUAUUUAAAUUAUGUGCAGAUUUGGGGUACAUAGAGCAUAUGAUGUCACAACUUCAAUCAGAUGAUGUACUUUAUCAGCUUAAUGUCCUUGAGCUUCUGUCACGUUUAGCUGUUAAACCACAAGGCAUUAAUUACCUCAUGAAUAAUGGUGCCCUCAAUCUGAUAACAGAAAUAAUUGUAGACUUGCCUAACAAUCCACUUGGCAAUUUACUCAUUCCUGGUUAUAUAAAAUUUGUUGGAUGCAUUGCUCAUCAUUACCCUAAGGAAAUAUUUAACAAGUAUCCUACUAUAUUAGAUUUACUAUUUGAAGCCUUUGAUAUUGGUGAUCAAACACUUUUGCUAGUCGCUCUAGAUGUAUUAGGCUUCAUUGGUGUUACCAUAGAAGGAAAAUUAUCUUUAAUAUCUCUAGGCCGGAAAUAUAUGCAAACUGUCGAUAAAGUUGCACAAUUGAUCAGAAAUAGUGCAACUGAAACUAAAGUUCGUGCCUUAAAUUGUUUUGCAAGUCUAAUAAGUGUGGAUAAAGACCCUAAUAUACCAAAGAGUGGUCCAAUUGAUCAUAGGGUGACUUUAAUGACUCGAGAAUGGUUCAGAUGUUUGAGUGAACAUCCUAGUUCAAUGAAAUUUUUGUGUGAUACUUGUAAGAAUCCAUUCUCUGACAUAAGAUUAGCUGCAUUUAAUUUAUUGGAUGCAGUAUGUCAACACAAGUGGGGAGAAGAAUUGGUGGCAAGAGUUGGUGGUUUUAUUGAAUAUCUUUUAGAUCGUUCUGUGGAUUAUACAAAUGAAGCAAAAGAAGUAAAGUAUAAUGUAAUUAAAAAACUAGCCAGUUCUGCUGCUUUUGAUGAAGACACUCUUGAUAGAAUACAAACAUAUAUACAACAGGGCCCAUUCUUUUCAGAAAAUAUAAUGGAAGUAGCUAUGGAAGAGGGAGAUUAAAAUUUUGAAUGAAAAUUUUUAGUUUAUUAAUAAUACAUGUAGAAAAUUAAAUAUACAUACACAAAAAUGUUAAAUAAUAUAAAGAAAAAAAAAAAACAGUUUUUCACAUUUCUAAUAAAUUACAAGUUUUACUUUUGGAUUAAUAAAAACUAAAUUUACUUCUUC